AAAUCUUUUUUAGGUAUAAAUAUUCGCCAAUUUUCAUAGCAGGAGGAGUCGUCAAGGAGUCGUCAAGGAGUCGUCAAAGGAGUCAUUUUUUGAUUUUUGGAAAAAUGUUACCUCUGCUAGUGAUUUUAGUUUUCCAUUUCUUCGCCGAAAUCCAAGGGAAUUUUGUACAUAUUGACAAACCGUCUGGACCUAGAAAAAUGUUACCAUAUUCAGAACCUCCAUCUCACCCAUGUGCGAGGAUUUGUAAGAAAGGAGCAUCUCCAAUGACAUGUAGAUACACUUUCGAAGUUGAGUAUUACUACACUAUGGGCAGGGCAUGUUAUGAUUGCCCAUUCAACGUUACUGAUUGUUAUCGUCCCGGCUGCAUACCAGCAGAAGGAAGUAAAAGAGGAGCAGUCAGUGUCAAUAGGCAAAUUCCUGGACCAGCUAUAGAGGUAUGUCUGGGAGAUCGUAUUGUAGUAGACGUGGUAAACAAAAUGACAAGCGAGUCAACAACAAUGCAUUGGCAUGGAAUACACCAGAAAGAAACACCAUAUGCGGAUGGGGUGCCGUAUGUAGCUCAGUGCCCAACCCUGCCUUAUGACACUUUCAGAUAUAGCUUCGAUGCACUUCAAGCCGGCACUCAUUGGUACCAUUCCCACAUUGGAAUGCAAAGAGCUGACGGUGACUUUGGGCCAAUGGUUAUUCGUAUUCCUGACGAGGAUAAUGUACUAGCUGGAUUUUAUGAUUAUGACUUAUCUUCCCAUAUAAUAUCCAUCUGCGAUUGGGACGACAGUUUGUCUUUGGAAAGAUACUUGGGUCAUGUAAACAGUGAUGGCGGUAACAAACCCAAAUCAAUAAUCAUAAAUGGUUUAGGAAGAAACAAGGAAUUUGAAAAAGAUGGCAAAAUUAUACACAUGCCCACCGCCAGAUUUUUCGUAGAUCAGGGAUAUAGGUACAGAUUCAGAGUUUUGAAUUCGGGUGUUAUGAACUGCCCUCUUGAAUUAUCUAUCGACAAUCACACUUUUACGCUGAUCAGUACGGAUGGAAAUGAUGUUAUGCCAGUAGAAGCUAAGUCACUCAUUAUUUUCUCUGGGGAACGAUUCGAUAUAAUUGUUGAAGCUAAUCAGAUGGAUGAUCUUUACUGGAUUCGUGUCAAAGGAUUGCAAGACUGCGGCCCAGACUAUAACAAAGUCUUUCAACUAGCCGUCUUACACUACACAGGAGCAGAUGCAACUCUCGAAAAUCAUCCCAAGGAAGUUGUUGAUUAUGAGAAUGCUCAUCUAGAAGGACUUCAAAUCAACAGUAUUACUGGAGAAAGUAGUGAAAAUUUCCUAAGUAUACCAGAUUUACAGGCCAUACAAGAAUGGGAUGAAUCACUGAAAGAAAAACCCGAUUUCAAGUAUAUUAUUUCAUUCGACUUUGAGGCGAUCAAUAAUUCAGAUUUCCAGAGUAAACCAAACCUUAGAUUCAAUAAUCUUGACGUAGAAAGAAAGAGAAAAACACCACAACUCAAUCAUAUUUCAUUGAAGAUGCCAAAUUUUGCUCUCCUUCCCAGUAGAAAUCAAGUCUCAGAUGACAUUUUUUGCAAUAAAGAAAAUAUGGUUGAUCAAAAUUGCACAGUGGAGGAGUGCAAAUGUUACCAUGCCGUGAAAAUUCCUCUAAAUGCUACAGUUGAGUUGAUUUUUAUUGACGAAGCGGCAGGGUCAGUUGGUAAUCACCCAAUGCACCUCCACGGUUUCAACUUUAGGGUUGUUGGUAUGGAAAAAAUUGGAGACAGUGUCACUCCCGAGGAAAUUGAAUCCAGAGAUAAGUUGGGACUUCUCAAAAGGAAUUUAGUCGAUGCUCCCUUGAAAGAUACCGUCAAUGUUCCGGCUGGUGGAUAUACUAUUGUUCGAUUCCAAGCUUCAAAUCCAGGUUACUGGAUUCUUCAUUGCCACCUGGAAUUCCAUGCUGAAUUGGGUAUGUCGAUGCUUCUACAGGUAGGAGAAAAAGAAGAUAUGGUACCAGUUCCUGAUAACUUUCCAAGCUGUGGAGAUUAUACACCUGAUUGGUGAAAUAGAAAAUAAAAUAUUGUGAAAUAUCCAAAUUAUCGUUCUAUUAUCAAACUGUUACUAGUGGCAAUUGAUAGAGAGUGAAAUCGAAAUCAUGAUCUGAAAUAUUUUUGAAGAGGUAAUGGUUGAAGUAACUUCUCUCUUUUUCUCUUUCACUUGUACUGAAUGUAAAAGAUUUAUGGUAUACCACCAUAUUUCCCCUCAAACCUAAAUUUUUCAAAGAUGUACUUAAAUACUUGUAUAACUCACACACACACAUUUUUUGUUUAUUUUGAAGUAAUAUAUGUUUUGAACAAAA